AUCACCUAUGAUGAUGUAAAUGUGUACUUCACUCGGGAAGAGUGGGCUUUGCUGGAUCCUUCCCAGAAGUGUCUCUACAAAGAUGUGAUGAUAGAGACCUACAAGCACCUUACAGCCAUAGGCUACAAUUGGGAAGACCAUAAUAUUGAAGAACACUGUCAAUGUUCUAGAAGAUAUGGAAGGCAUAAAAGGAAUCAGAGUGGAGAGAAACCAUGCGAAUAUAAUCAAUGUGGUAAAGGCUUUUCACGACACAGUGAACUCCACAUACAAAGGCAUAAAAGACUUCAUACUGGAGAAAAACCCUUUGAAUGUAAUCAUUGUGGUAAAGCUUUUUCACAAUUCAGUCAUCUCCAGAACCAUAAAAGAACACAUACUGGAGAAAAACCCUACGAGUGUCUUCAGUGUGGUAAAGCCUUUUCAAACCCCAGUAGUCUUCAAAUGCACAAAAGAACACAUACUGGAGAGAAACCCUAUGAAUGUCUUCAGUGUGGUAAAGCCUUUUCACUUCGAAGUAGUCUCCAGGUGCAUAAAAGAAUACAUACUGGAGACAAAUGCUACAAAUGUAAUCAAUGUGGGAAAGCCUUUUCCCAACACGGAAAUCUCCAAGUGCAUAAAAGAACACAUACUGGAGAAAAACCCUAUGAAUGUCAUCAAUGUGGUAGAGCCUUUUCAAACAGCAGUAGUCUCCAAAUGCAUAAAAGAACACAUACUGGAGAGAAACCCUACGAAUGUCUUCAGUGUGGGAAAGCUUUUUCACAUCCCAGUAGUCUCCAGAAGCAUAAAAAAACACAUACUGGAGAGAAACAGUAUGACUGUAAUCAGUGUGGGAAAGCCUUUUCCCAACACGGAAAUCUCCAAAGGCAUAAAAGAACACAUACUGGAGAGAAACCCUAUGACUGUUUUCAAUGUGGUAAAGCCUUUUCAAACCACAGUACUCUCCAGGUGCAUAAAAGAACACAUACUGGAGAGAAACCCUACAAAUGUAAUCAAUGUGGGAAAGCCUUUUCACAACAUGGAAAUCUCCAGGUGCAUAAAAGUACACAUGCUGGAGAAAAACCCUAUUAA